UCGCCAUCAUGGUUCGUUGUAUAAAAUGUCGGGGACAUGUGUUCAGAAGACCAAAGUUCGGUGUGUUCCUCCUUUUUCUCGUGGCGUUUGCUUUUGCCUCCGUAUUUCUGGACUGUAGUUGUUGGAAAGACAGGUUGCUUCUUGUGAAAGAAGAUUUAACUUUUCAGUCGGCAAAAGACGACGUAACUUUGGCAAAUAUGUUGCGGGAAGAAAGAAACCGAACGAACAAACCAAACGACCAACCAGAGACUCCAAUGGAAAAGCCACCAAACAUAACAACGAUGGGAAACGUAUCCGAUAACGUGAUUAGUCCAGCGAUGCCGCAAUCUCGACCAAUGAGAACCGUCGAACCGACAACAGACGAAAACAACGAAUUUCUAACUUGUAAGGAGAUAUCAGAUAUUAGCAUCAUCAAAGGAUUGGGACAUGGUUAUACAAAAGUCGUGGAACUAGGGUCGUACAGGGGCCAAAACGUUGCCGUCAAGCGAGUACAACCCAGUGUAAAGGAUAUCACAGCAUGCCGACAGCGAGUGGACAAGGAACGAUGGCACGAGUGUUACCUCUUUGCAAAUUACAAGAUCAUGAAGGAAAUACUACUCCAAAAGCAGCUACAACACCCAAACAUUGUAAAGCUCCUAGGCUACUGCAUUCGGAGUGAAAACAUCGCGCAGAGUUUAGCGGAGCAUGGAGUAGUGGCCGUGACGGAGGUCGGCCGUGAGUUUAACACUAAAGAGGCGCGGAACAUGCCGUGGAAAAAACGACUUGAGAUAGCUCUGGACAUAGCUGAUCUCCUGGACUACUUUGAGCAUUCUCCUCUCGGCUCCCUCAUUCUGGCAGACUUUAAGCCGAGCCAGUUCAUCUGGGUAGGAGACAAGGUCAAACUCGCCGACAUGGAUGACGUCAGCAGCGUGGAACAGGCAUGCGCAGUGCGGUCAGACUGUGGCAAAGGCUUAUACAUGGAUAACGUUACACCUUGUGUGGACGGCGUCUGUCGUGGGCUGAACGCCAUGCACAACAUACACGGCGCCUACAGACAUAUACUUCAGUACUUACUGGUGCAUGUUGAUAAGGAGGUAUCAUAUACCUUGAGAGAGGAAAUAAGGAACUUGUCUAUAGAUGCCGCCACUCUUCGAUCCAGGUUACAGCAGUUGCUUCAACUGGAGAACCAAAGACUACAAACUGGAUAACAUUAGUUUACAUAAUACAAAGAAUCACACAAGUGUAUAAAUUCUGUAGUGUCAGAUAGCAUCGACUAUCAUUGACAAAAGAUAGCAGAUGAUAUCAAUCUGAAACAUCUGAUCAUUCUAAAGAGAAUUUAUCCAACUGCUUGGACAAGUUUGCAUUUAACCUUCAUCGACGCACAAACUGAAUAGAGAAUCUUUUACUACAGUGUAGUACCGGUAUUUGAAUGACUUGUCAUCAUAUCAAAAAGAUAUUCUUUAAAGUUUUGAUGAAGUCCGUCCAUUGUAUUAUUUUCAGAGUAUGAAAAAAGCUCAUUUGAUAAACGAAAACCGUGGACUCUGUUGUGCUUUGUUCCUUAAGUCAACAAUAAAAUAUCUCAUCUUUUUAUUGCCACAAUAAAGUUUGUUUAAAAACUUGAGGGAUUGCAUUUGUCAGUUUGGAUGGUGACAUCAAGCCAGCAGCUCAGUCAUGGGAAAGCUUCAUGUCAGUAGCCUCAAGCGUCAAACCUCUACACAUAACAGAAC